AUGCUCCCAUCAUUUUCGACUUUCUCCAACCAAAGAGAAAAACCCUGGGAAAACAGGUGGAAGACAGAGAUGGACAAGCCCGUGUCCGGCAGCUGCUCCAUGUUCAAGGACGAGGAAGACUUGAGCAAUUUCCUUGACCUGGAUUUUAUUUUGGCGAACACCGCGGGGUCAGACAACAGCCCAGAGUUUGUGGGCAACAGUGUGGAGCAGAGCCUGUUCCCCGCAGUGAGCGAGCAGCGCUCUCCUCCUCCUCCGUACGGAGCCAGCCUCAUGACAGAGCUGCUGCGCACUGACACUCCAGCAGCCGCCAGCGGCAGCUACGGCAUCCAGGGCCGCUUUUACAUCAACACUGCGCCGUACCCGCGCCAGGACAUCAAGGUGGAGCCCCCCAUGGACAGUUACGGCCCCGUGAUGGGGAUGGUGCCUCAGAGCUGCAACAAAAUCAAACAAGAAGGGAACGUUUCGUGCAUGAUGUCUUUCGAGCAGCCGCGUGUGGCCAUCUCCCCCCGCGCCGUCAGCAGCAUGACGCCUCCUCUGAGCCCAGAUGAGCAGGGCGCCUCAGACUGCGCGCCGCUCUGCCAGAACCUCAACUUCCAGCACAAGUUCCACGCCACGCCGCAGUUCCCCCCGCAGAUGCACGUGCAGUAUCACGCCCCUCAUGCCCCUCACGCUUCUCACGCUCCUUACGCCAUGUAUGACGACAGCCCGAUGGGUCUGCAGCCCGGAGCUCAGAGGCUGAUGCUCACCCCGCCCUCCUCCCCCCUGGAGCUCAUGCACGACAACAAGCCCAAGAGAGGCCGCCGCACAUGGCCACGCAAGCGCACUGCUACGCACACGUGCACGUUCGCAGGCUGUGGAAAGACGUAUACAAAGAGUUCUCAUCUAAAAGCUCAUCUUCGCACUCACACAGGUGAGAAGCCCUAUCACUGCAGCUGGGAGGGCUGUGGAUGGAAGUUUGCCAGAUCUGAUGAGCUUACACGUCAUUUCCGUAAGCACACUGGGCACAGACCCUUUCAGUGCCACCUCUGCGAGAGAGCGUUCUCAAGAUCUGACCACCUUGCUCUGCACAUGAAGCGGCACAUGUGA